AUGAAACGUUUUAUCAUCCACUUGCUGCUGCUAUCGGUGGCGGCAAGUCGUACUGGUGUUCUAGCACAAGAUUAUCGCCUACCCAAAGUAGUUAUACCCGAUGCCUACGAUAUUGCCAUCAAACCUUAUCUACAGGCAGGUGAUGGCAGCGACAAACAAUUUACCUUCGACGGUGAGGUCAACAUAACUCUGCAUGCCAUUGAGGAUAAGAUACAGCAGAUUACAUUGCAUAAGGAUUAUAUUGAAAUUUUGGAUACGAUCCUUUAUGAUACUGAGGGAAAGGUGGUUGAAAGAGUUGGGAAGGAGAAAUUGGUGUACGAGUCAAUUACCGAUAAGCUCACGGUACCUUUGCAAACCCCAUUGACGAAGAAUUCGAAUUAUGUUUUGUAUUUCAAAUAUGUUGGACAAAUACGCAGCGGCUUGGCUGGCGUAUUCCGCGGUACAUAUGACAAUGAAAAUUGGUAUGCCAUUACUCAAUUCCAACGCAUUGAUGCACGCACCGGUUUCCCAUGUUUCGAUGAGCCGCAAUUCAAGGCCACAUAUCGUAUGCGUAUCACCCGGCCCAAGGAGUAUUUAUCGUCCUUUAAUACGAGACUUUUAAAUACUAAAGUUGAGAGUGAUGGUCGUUAUACGGACUAUUUCGAUGUAACUCCGCCGAUGUCAACAUAUUUGGUAGCUUUUGUGGUUGGCGAUUUCGAAGCUGUGGGUGAUGAUGAUUUCAAAUUGAUAAUGCAUCCAUCAUUGAGAAAUAAAACGACAUAUUCGACCGAUGUUGCCCUGAAAACAUUGGCAGCCUUUGAUAAAUAUACUCAACUGCCCUAUAAGACUUUGGGUAAUACUCUGAUGCAAAAGGCAGGUUCAAUGCGUUUUCCUCACAAUGGCAUGGAGAAUUGGGGUCUGGUGAUAUAUCACGACUCAGUUCUAUACCAUGAGCCUGGCUACACAGACGGCUGGUCAGACAAGGAAUUUACUGUGACAAUUUUGUUCCACGAGACAUCGCACAUGUGGUUCGGCAACAGUGUCACCUUUAAAUGGUGGAGUUACUUUUGGCUGAAUGAGGCCUUCGCUCGUUAUUAUCAAUAUUUCUUGGCUCACGAAGCUUACCCCGAAUUCGAAUUGGACAAACAAUUUGUGGUGAAUCAAAUUCAUUUGAUAUUUGGUACCGAUGCUGCCCGAAGUACCCAACCAUUAACUAGUCCCGAAGAAACCAUAAAUAGUCCUUCUGAUUUGGCGUAUAAAUUUAGUGGCAUAACUUAUGCUAAGGGAGCUGCUAUCCUGCGCAUGUUCUCUAAUUUGAUGGGAAAAGAUAACUUCGAUAACUCUAUAAGGGAAUAUUUGAAAGAGAAUCACCUGAAAAACGUAGUUCCUGCUGAUCUUUUCAAACAUUGGAAACAACAUUGGCCCCAGGACCAAGAAGUCAAUUUAGAUCAAUUGUUUAAUGAUUGGACAGAGCAGCCAGGAUUCCCUAUGGUUACCAUUUCCACCACCAAAUCGGGACGGUAUCUUUUGAAACAACAACGAUUCCUGCUUGAUCCCGAAGAUGGCAGUGAUACCACCCUAAAAUAUACCAUACCCAUUACCUAUACCAACGACAAUAAGACGAAUUUUGAGGAUCUCACUCCGAAAUUCUAUUUCAAUAAAACCCAAAAUGAAGUCGAAUUUGGAAAUUCCACAGCCGAUAAAUGGAUUAUUUUGAAUUUACAACAAUCCAAUUAUUAUAGAGUUUUUUAUGAAGCCGACCUCUUGGAGAGAAUACAGAAGGCUUUAUUGGAACGUGAGCACAGUGGUAUCCAUGUCAGUAAUCGUGCCCAUCUCGUGGAUGAUUUGUUCACGUAUGGACGCAUAGGUCUUAUGGGUUAUGAUGAGGUGUUCGCCUUCAUGGAAUAUUUGGGGGGUGAAGUUGAAUAUUUAGCCUGGAAUCCGGCAUUUAAGGCAUUCAAUCUCCUCAGCCAGAGAUUUACUUUGGCACAACACGAAAAAUUUGGUAACUUUUUAUUCGAGAUCAUGUGGGCAGUUUAUUCUAGGUUGGGUUUUGAAAAUCCCCAAGAUACGGUAUUGGAUGUAUACAACCGCAAUAAGGUUAUCUCUUGGAUGUGCAAAUAUCAUCAUGAAGAUUGUACCCGCAGGGCCCAACAACUAUUUAAAUCAUGGGAACCCGCUCAGGUGCCAGCUGAUUUCCAGGAAACUCUUUAUUGUGCUGCCAAUCGCGAUGCCACCUUUGAUAUUUAUCUUGAACUCAAGGAAAUGUUCGAAGGAACCUUAUUCCAACCUCAAAAGGAGAAAAUCUUAAGGGCAAUGGGUUGUACUCGGCAUUAUGUCGAUUUCCAUUAUGCCUAUAUUUUGAGUGAUGGCGUACCACAGUCGAUGAAGACCACUGCCAUUAGUGCCUUGUACAGUCAAACGCCGCAAAAUGUGGAACCUGUAUUUUAUGCUAUCACCGAAACCGUGGAAGUUUUGGCUGCAGUUUUGGACAGCUGGUCAUCAACGGCCCAGGUGAUCAGUGGCAUUGCCAACUACUUCACCACCCAACAUCAAUUGGAUUUGCUAAAGGAAUUCAUUGAUACCAAGGGACAUUUGUUUGGCAGCUCCGUUACGACCCUAGAGACUGCAGUAAAGACGGUGGAAUCAAAUUUGGCGUGGUCCGAAAAACACUUAGGAAAACUAUUCGACUAUUUAGAGAAUCGUAAUUCAGGUGGUUCGAUCCUAAGCAUACCAUCCUUACUUUUGCCAAUUGCGUUAUUUGUUUUAUUGAAUAAAUUCUGGUGA